GUCUGUACCACCGACUGUACUUAUUAGUAAAAGCAGACCGACAAGACGAUUGCAGGGUAGAGAGAGAUGGCAUAUGGCUGGUAUUGUUACAAAGAUAUGGUGGCAUUUACAGGUAUGGUUGUAGUGGAAUCCAUCAAUGUAGGCUUAAACAUAUUAUUCAAAGCAGCCACACGCAAAGGGAUGAGCAGCUACGUUUUCAUUGUCUACUCUUAUUUGCUUGCAACUUUACUUCUCCUACCUUCCUCGCUCUUCUUCCACAGAUCUGCCACGCUUCCUCCAUUCAGCUUCUCUCUUUUUUGUAAAAUCUGCCUCCUUGGGAUUAUUGGGUCUUUAACUGAGAUAUUUGGAUAUGCUGGUGUGGACUACAGUUCUCCAACUCUAGCUUCAGCGUUGAGCAACCUCACACCAGCUUUUACCUUCAUUCUUGCUAUAAUUUUUAGUAUGGAAAAGCUGGUUUUGAGAAGCUCAAGCAGCCAGGCUAAAAUCGUGGGUACCAUAGUAUCAAUAUCAGGUGCAUUUGCAAUGACGCUAUAUGAAGGCCCACCCAUUGUAUUGACUCUAUCGCCAUCCAAAUCACUUCAUUGGCCUCACAGUUUGUUACAAUCGAACUGGUCAAUCGGUGGCCUGUUACUUGCAGCAGAGAAUCUUCUGGUCCCCGUGUGGUUCAUUAUCCAGGCCAAUAUCAUGAAAGAGUACCCGGUAGAUCUUGUCGUCGUAUUUUUGUACAGCUUAUGUACAACUGUCAUGUGUGCAGCAGUAGCUUUAGUUGCAGAACCAAACUCCAGUGCUUGGAGACUAAAAGCUGAUAUAUCCCUGGUUGCUAUUGUAUACUCAGGACUCUUCGAGUCAUUUAUCAGCACUGUUAUACAGACAUGGGCCUUGCGUUUGAAGGGCCCAGUUUACGUCUCAUUGUUCAAGCCAUUGUCAAUUGCUAUCGCAGCUGCUAUGGGUGUCAUGUUCCUAGGUGACACACUACAUCUUGGAAGUGUUGUUGGAGCAAUAAUAAUAUCUAUUGGAUUUUAUGGUGUGAUGUGGGGAAAAGCAAAAGAAGAGAUGAUGGAGGGCUCUGGAGUUGGUAGCUUGGACCAAUCUUCUACUCAAACGACGGCUCUAUUGCAACACCAUAUAAGUGAAAGUUGCCGAAAAAAUACACUACUGAAUGAUGGCUAAAUUUGAAUUAAUGAUGAGCUCCUUAAUUAGCUACUUCCAUUUUUAACACUGAGGAAGCAUUCCCAGCAGGUGAUAUAGCUGCACCUGUCAGGAUUUGCAUUUCAAUAUGAAUUUUUAUUUUCAGAAACAAACUCAAAUUGCUUGGAGAGUAAGAGCAGAUAUAGCAUUGGUCGCCAUUGUAUACUCGAUAUGGACCUAAUAAUUGGACAAUCAUUUGAGAGUAGUGAUUAUAAAGAAAGAGCAAGAUAUUGGUAA